CAUGAAGCAGCUGAUGGUGACUUUCCUGGUGGCUUUAGCGCUGGUGGCAUCUCUUCCGUUGGCUCAAGCAGUCCCAUACGCCGCUAACUUGGAAGACAGUGUCUGCUGCACAGAAUUUGUCAAAUGGCCGGUGCGUUAUCGGUACCUGACGGAUUUCUACUUUACCUCUCUCUCAUGCCGGAGGAGAGGAAUAGUAUUGAAAACUGUCAAAAACCUGGAAAUCUGCGCUGACCCCCAGAUGUCCUGGGUGAAAAAGGCCAUCCACCUGUUGAAGUCUAAGAAGAAAUGAGAGUUUACAAGGCCCUGGACCACCCAACUCCUUGCUUCCAAGUUACUCACACCUCACCACAAACUACCCCACUUGAAACAUCCUUAGAAAUUAGAGAAGGGUCCAGGAGGGGAGAAACAAUGCAUCCUACUGGAAAGAGCACAGGCCCGGAUG